UCGAUUCGUGAAAAUAUCUGGCCGGUGUCUCCUCUCUCUCUCUCGUCUCCGCCUCCCCACUCCCGCCCCGAGCUGCCUCCCGCUCCUCUCAUCUCUGCGGCUCCGCCGCAGGAAGAGCGGCGCCCUAGCGACCGCGGCGGAUGGACGCGGGGGCCAUCGGUGGCAGGGAGCGUGCUCCGCGGCGGCUGGACACGGGGCCGGUGACGGCAUCGUCUGGAUGCGGUGGCGGCUGCGGCGGUGUUGGCCGCGGCGGACGCGAAGGAGGAGUCGCGCCCGGCCGAGGUCGGGCGGGAGGAGGCGGCGCGGCGGCGGGCGGCGGACGGGGGUCACCGUGCUGCGGGAGGCCAGGUGUGCCGCGGUGCAGCAGCGCAAGCGCCUCCACCCGACCCGUAGCGAGCUGCACCGGCCGCCCCACGCCCCCACCCGAGGCGGAGAGGCUAGCGGCGAGUGGUGUGGAGCUGCAUGUGAGAGGAAGGAGCAAGGGUUGGGUGUCCCUUCUUCUUGUCCUCCACGACCUUGGGUUGCAAGGAGCCAACUCGGGGAGGACUCGAGGAUCAGUGGCGUUCCUUACGGCCGCUCGGGAUCCCCUCUCCUUCAUUUAA